AUGCCGCCCAAAAGCCCCCGCCGCGCCGUGCCCGCCGCCGUGGAACCGCUCGCGCCGCCGUCUCUCCCUCCCGAGGAGCCGGAGCGCAGCAGCGGCCCCGAGGACGUGCCUCUGCCCAGGCUUGAGUUUGAAGAAACUGAAGAUCCUGCUUUUGUUGCAUUGUGCCAGAAAUUAAAGGUACCAGAUAAUGUCAGAGAAAGAGCUUGGCUGACUUGGGUGAAAGUUUCAUCUGUUGAUAAAGCAUCGGUAAGGAAUGAUACUGAAAAGAAAAAGCAGCUGUGGGGAAUCCAUAUCUUUAUUGCAGCAGUGGACCUAGAUGAGAUGCCAUUCACUUUUACUGAACUCCAGAGAAACAUAGAAACCAGUGUCUGCAAAUUCUUUGCCAUACUGAAAGAAACGGAAACAAGUACCAAAGUUGAUACUGCUAUGUCGAGGCUGUGGAAGAAGUAUAAUGUACUAUAUGCACUCUUCAGCAAGUUAGAAAGGACAUGCGAACUUAUAUAUUUCACAAACUCCUUCAGUUCGAUAUCUUUGGAAUUAAGUCCAAUGAUGGUGCUAAAAUUUUCUUGGAUAACAUUUUUACUAGCCAAAGGGAAAGUACUCCAAAUGGAAGAUGACCUUGUGAUCUCAUUUCAGUUAAUGCUGUGUGUCCUUGACUAUUAUAUCAAACUCUCACCACCUUCAAUACUUAAAGAACCAUAUAAAACAGCUGUGAUCCCUGUUAAUGGCUCACCAAGAACACCAAGAAGAGGUCAGAAUAUCCGGAGUCCCCGGACAGCAAAACAGAUGGAAAAUGAUACAAGAGUUAUUGAAAUUCUCUGCCUCGCACAUGAAUGCAAUGUAGAAGAGGUGAAAAAUGUUUAUUUCAAGAAUUUCAUACCUUUUAUGAAUUCUCUUGGAAUUGUUGAUCCUAGCGGACUUCCAGAGCUUGAUAGCCUCUUUAAGCAAUAUGAAGAAAUUUAUCUUAAAAACAAAGAUAUAGAUGCAAGAUUAUUUAUGUCUCAUGACAGAACUCUUCAGGCUCAUUCUUCGGACAGUGUUGAAACGCAGAGAACACCACGGAAAAGUAACACUAAUGAAGAAGGGAGUAUGAUUCCUCCACAGACUCCUGUUAGGACUGUUAUGAACACUAUUCAGCAAUUAAUAAUGAUCCUAAACACAGCAAGUGACCAGCCAUCAGAAACUCUGAUUACCUACUUUAAUAACUGCACAGUGAAUCCAAAGGAAAAUAUCCUCAAGAGAGUACAGGAUAUUGGGUGCAUCUUUAAAGAGAAAUUUGCCCAAGCUGUGGGACAAGGAUGUGCUGAAAUUGGAUCCCAGCGAUUCAGACUUGGAGUUCGAUUGUAUUACCGAGUAAUGGAAUCCAUGCUCAAAUCAGAAGAAGAAAGAUUAGCUAUUCAAAACUUUAGUAAACUCCUGAAUGACAACACCUUUCAUAAGUCUUUGUUGGCAUGUGCGCUUGAGGUUGUAAUGGCUACAUAUAGCAGAACUACAUCUCAGCAUCUUGAUCCUGGAACAGAUUUGUCCUUCCCAUGGAUUCUGAAUGUACUUAAUUUAAAAGCUUUUGAUUUUUACAAAGUGAUUGAAAGUUUCAUCAAAGUAGAAACCAACUUGACAAGAGAAAUGAUAAAACAUUUAGAAAGAUGUGAACAUCGAAUCAUGGAAUCCCUUGCUUGGGUCUCAGACUCACCUUUAUUUGACCUCAUUAAACAGUCAAAGGCACGAGAAGCUGCAGCUAAUCUUCAUGAGUCUACUUGUACUCAAAACUUACUGCCAUUGCGUCAGAGCCACCUCACAGGUGCCCGUCCAUCUCUUUUUCCCGUAAGAUCCCCAAAGAAAAAAGGGCCUGCGGCACGUGCAACUUCUGCUGCAGCUGCCAGUGCAGAGGCACCAGGAGCAUCAACCGUCCCACCUCAGAAGCCAUUGAAAUCUACCUCUCUUUCACUGUUUUACAAAAAAGUGUACCGGCUGGCCUAUCUCCGCCUCAGUACGCUGUGCGCGCGCCUUCUCUCUAACCACCCAGAACUUGAGCACAUCAUCUGGACCCUUUACCAGCACACGCUGCAAAAUGAGUAUGAGCUCAUGAGAGACAGGCAUUUGGACCAGAUCAUGAUGUGCUCCAUGUAUGGCAUUUGCAAAGUGAAGAAUAUUGACCUGAAAUUCAAAAUUAUUGUAACUGCAUACAAGGAUCUUCCUCAUGCUGUCCAAGAGACAUUCAAACGUGUUUUGAUCAGAGAAGAGGAAUACGACUCCAUUAUCGUAUUCUAUAACUCAGUCUUCAUGCAGAGACUGAAAACAAAUAUUUUGCAGUAUGCUUCCUCAAGGCCCCCUGCCUUGUCACCAAUACCUCUCCUUCCUCGAAGCCCUUACAAGUUUUCUAACUCACCUCUACGGAUUCCUGGGGGUAACAUCUACAUAUCACCCCUCAAAAGUCCAUAUAAAAUGUCAGAAGGCCUGUCAGUCUCCACUAAAAUGACUCCAAGAUCAAGAAUCUUGGUAUCAAUUGGUGAAUCAUUUGGGACCUCUGAGAAGUUCCAGAAAAUAAAUCAGAUGGUGUGUAACAGCGAGCGCGCGCUCAAGAGAAGUGCUGAAGGAAGCAUCCCUCCCAAACCUCUGAAGAAGCUGCGCUUUGACGUGGAAGGGAAUGAUGAGCCCGAUGGGAGUAAACAACUCGGAGGAGAAUCCAAAUUUCAACAAAAACUGGCAGAAAUGACCUCCACCCGAAGCCGGAUGCACAAGCAGCAAAUGAACGACAGCACAGAUACCUCAGACAAGGAGGAGAAGUGA